AUGGCGCGAGCGUUUAAAGUGCGCUGGUCUCCAACGAUGGUGGCAGAAGUUCGAUCCGUAAUCGGCGCUGAGGCCUGGUGUGACGCAGCCUUGUUGCGUGUCAGGACCACCAGUCACCAAGCAGCAGAAGAAGGCCACACUAACCAACGUGAUGUGUACGACCAACGCACCAGUACGACACCAGCCUGCGCCGGGUAUUUCUAG